GAAGACAUCCACACCUCAGAAGCAUCUUCUUGAAACCCAUCUCAAUUCUCUCCUCUUGACAACAUGUGUUGCAGCUACUAUGGCAACUCCUGUGGCUAUGGCUCCGGCUGUGGCUGUGGCUAUGGCUCUGGUUAUGGCUGUGGCUCUGGCUCUGGCUCUGGCUGUGGCUAUGGAACUGGCUACGGCUACGGCUGUGGCUGCGGCUCUGGCUCUGGCUGUGGCUGUGGCUAUGGAACUGGCUAUGGCUGUGGGUAUGGCUGUGGGUUUGGCUCCCGUUAUGGCUGUGGUUAUGGAACUGGCUGUGGCUGUGGAUACGGCUCUGGCUCUGGAUACGGCUCUGGCUCUGGCUACUGUGGCUACCGGCCAUUUUGCUUUAGAAGAUGCUAUUCUUCCUGCUAAAACAUCACUGUCAGAGGACCAUUUGCUUCUAAAAUGACAUGUCUGAAGAUAAUGCUGAUUCAAGGAUUCAUACUCCAAGAUUUCUAUAUCCAAGAAUUACAUGCUUGCCAGAGUCUUGGACCUCUAGUCUCACAUUUCUUUGAAUGAAAUCACGGCCAUAGGAUCCAUGGUGUCAUCUGACUCUUUUCCAAAUGUUAUCUUUUGCUCCCUUGAUCUCUGAUUCUCUGUUAUGACUGUGUUAAUGAUCAUAACAUCUACAAUUGCGGAAGUCAAUCAUGUGUA